CCAACCGUCCCAGCGUCCUCCAAACGCACAGCAGGAAUAGUCUCGCUACGACUCGGACAUACUGUGUACUGUAUAUGUACAUACAGCACAUACCCUCACUCUUUGCUUGGAACGCCUGCGGAAGAGGAGCGCUUCCAUUGACGGCUGAGUCCAGUCCGGUUACCCACCAGACACACCAUCGUACUCGCUGCAACUCCAAUACGCGCCGCCGAAACAGGGCAAAAUAAACUGGCAGCUCUUAACGGUCCCCCUUUGUCUUUUCCCCUUCCCGGUGCCCCACAAUGGAGGUGGUCCACCAACCCAACAGGCCAUCGUCCACCCAACUGGAAGCUCCAGAACCCCCCUAUCUGGCGCUCCUCACCUCGCUCAACAAAGUCUUCGCCCACGAACUCCGCACCUGCGAGACACUGUCAGCGCCCGAUCCAGUCCUAACCCGCAAAUUCCGCCAUGUCCUCCAAUACGCCUGGGAAAUGAUCCACAGAGUCGACGGGCUCAUCAACAGAUACCACACCAUCCCCCCCUCAGAGGGCCGGGUCAUCUUUACCACCGCGCGACUGUUCGCCGAAAGCACAUGCGAGGCGCUCACGGGCCGGUCGAACGAGAACCUCGGGGGUGUUAUACGAUCGUUUACGCGGUCGACGGAGCUGAGCAGGGUGGCGGGAUUGCUCACUCAGGCUGUCCUUGGGCACCUGGAUCUGCUGAGAGUGAGGGCGAAUACGUGGUCGCACCAUCAGGGCGAUCAGGUGCUGGAUUGGCCGGAUGUGGUGGAGGUUAUGGAAGCCGCGCGGAAUAUCUUCCGGCUGUUGUAUAUGAACAGACAGAUGAGGAAGCCGUACCAGCCGCCGUCGUUCGGUGACGCCUUAACCCUGGGCGGGACCGGUGCACUUGUGAAGACCUAUGGCUGGGACACACCCGAACCGUUACAAAAUGUGAAUGGCGUCAUCGUCGUAGACGACAUGGGCGUCCUCAUCGGCCGCGACGAAGACGAAGCCGAACAAGUGAACCCAUACGCCUCCGCCUCCUCCAAAACAAUUACAUCCUCCUCUGAAUCAAACACCGCCGCCGCCGCGCGCGGAAGCAGCAGCAGCAGCAGCAGCAUCACCACCAAAUCAACGUCGACCGUUACCAUCCGUCAGGUGAGGAAACAACAACAACAGCAAUUCUCCCCUUCAAAACAGGCCGAAAAUGACUCCCCACUCUCCCACAAGCUCUCCUCAACCUCCCUCAACACCAAAACCGUCAAACUUGCCAACGCGACUGCCAGAGCCACCCAGGACCAAUGGGUCCUCGAGAACCUUCAAUGGCCGCAAAGUGCCUCUGACUCAGACACCACAACUCCAAAACGCAAAGAGUCGAAGCAAACCAUGCAAGUCAAACUCGACUGCGCGAAGCUCGCACUCCGCGAACCCAGUGCGAAUUAUACGGUACGGUCUGAUCGGUCGGGGUCAUAUUCCACACCCCACCAAAAUCGAAAUCAAAACCAGAAUGGGAACAGACCAGGGGGUCCCGUCAGCACAACUGAGUGGAAUUGCGCGGCGGCCCCCUGGAAAAACGGGUCGGGGUGGGAUCUACCUACCCUACCGGAAAGUGACACAACAACCUACGCACUCGGUGCCUCGGCCGUGGAAAUAUUCAAAUCCCUCGGCUACGGCUCCGCUGGCUCUACUGCAACUGCAUUGUAUGAUGACCACGAUGCACGCACGACGGGGAGGUCGUUCGAGGCAGACGCGUGGGAUGAGUGUGGGUUCGUCAUAAAGAAUUCGCCUAAACCCGUCCCUGCCAUCCCCAUUCCCGCGCCCAACAUCAACAACAACCACCACAAGAACCAUAAACAGCACGAUACAGGCUGGGGAACUACGCCCUCCCCGCCCCGGUUCCCGUGGGAGUCACCACCGAAAUCGGAGGCGGACCAUACGAACAAUCACACGCUCGGUAGGCCCACGACACCAACAGCGACGAAUGAUAGGAACGCAGCGACGAAAGACCGAUCCCCGCGAACCAAACUACAGUGCAGGUCGUGCAAACAGUGGAAUGGGGCGAGGGCAUGUCCGUUUUUGGCAUGUGUCAGGUGUUGCCCUUAUCCGAAUUGUCCGGGGCAUUGAACGGAUUGUUGAGUGAGAGUAGAAGUGCGGAGCCUGGAGCAUUGUGAGGGUUGAUAGGACGGCUGAGGUGGAUGGAAGAUGACCGACCCUGCUGCUAUUUGAUAUUGGAGACAUAUUCUCGCUUCGCUUUUUCGUUUCUUGGCAUUUUCGCAUUGUAACUCGACUCCCUCCCUCUUCUCAACUCGGAUUGGAUUGGAUACGCCACCCGACGAUGGGAUACAUAUACCCCGCCGCCUCCCGCCGCGACAAGCCCCCAGAAAUCAACGAACUUUGAUUUUGAGAUACCCCGCGCGGUUUUAUGUAGAUAGCUUAGCAGAUCAGUUUCUUCUCUCUGGCUUGUCUUUUUUUUUUUGGAUAGCACAUGGAAAUAUAUCGGAAGCCAUUCCGGGAGGUCUUUUGCGAAGAAUGAGACGUGGCGGCCGUGAUUUUAUGGCUUCGGAC